GCAGCCAUUAGCUUGUUCUCAACAUGAAACAGGGCCCGUGUGAGGAGCUGCGGGAGAGAGAAGUGACAGCCGAGGCUUGUCAGGAUUAUUAGAGAGGUGGGAGUCCAGCUCGCAGGCCCUGUUCGUUCUCUUAUCGGGUUACUGAGGCAACGCGACAAGGCUGCAGUCAUGGACCCAGACACAGCUUCUGACACUGAAACAGAAUCGUCCGAGGAAAGUUCUGGAGAAAAGUAUUUGAAGGAAAUCUCAGAUUCAGAUUUCAGUGACGAAGAGGACUCCAAUCCGCCAGCUAGAAGCACUAAAGACAAUUCCACUGAGAAUAAGUGUUCUGGAGAAAAGUUUUUGAAGGCAAUCUCAGAAUCAGAUUUCAGCGACACAGAGGACUCCAAACCGCCAGCUAGCAGCACUAAAGACAAGUGUUACCCUUGCUCCACCUGUGGGAAGGUAUUUGACAGACCAUCAAAGCUAGAAAGGCACAAACCUGUGCACACAAGGAAGCCGAAGACUCUUCAUCAGUGUCAGCACUGUGACAAGAGUUUCACUCAAGAAGAGAAGCUGAUCCGACACCAGAAUUGCCACAACAGGACUAACAAGCAUCCCUGCCCCGACUGUGGAAAGAUUUUCAACAGGCCUUCGAAGCUCGAGAGGCACAGGCGCACACACUCGAAGAAGCCGAAAGAGCCUCAUCAGUGUUCAUACUGCAAGAAGACUUUCAGUAAACUGAACAAACUUAUCCGUCAUGAGCGGAUGCACACGGGGGAGAGGCCUUUCACCUGCUCCACCUGUGGGAAAGGAUUCUCCGAGUCGGGUCACUGCAAAGCACAUGAAAAGACACACGAGGAGCAGCCGGAGAAGCCUCACUGCUGCCCGGACUGCGGGAUGCGCUUCUUCAAGGCCUCCGAGGUCCGUCGGCACUCCCGCUCCCACUCUGGGGAGAAACCCUUUACAUGCAGUUUGUGUGAAAGUUGCUUCUCCCGUUCAGAAGGGCUUAAAAGACACAUGAGGAAGCACACAGGGGAACGGCCGUACAAAUGUGUUAUCUGCGCAAAAGGAUUUUACUCUCGUCAGGAUUUGAAUAUUCAUAAAUUGACCCACUCGGGGGAGAAGCCCCAUCUUUGCCCCGUGUGUGGGAAAGGCUUCUCGCAGCUGGGCAACAUGAAAGAGCAUGAACAAAAUGUUCACAUUAAAUCAGAGAAGUAUAUUUGCAACGAAUGUGGGGCGACCUUCACACGGUACAAGUCUCUGACAAAACAUCAGCGGACGCACACGGGAGAAAGACCCUAUCUGUGCCUCACCUGUGGACGCAAGUUUUCAUGGAGCCAUUCUCUACGCAGACACCAGAGGACACACACGCAUGGACAGACGUCUACGGAGAUGUCCAAAGACACAUUCAAUUUGGAAGGAGCCUCUGAGAUUGCCAGCAGUUGAAAAAGAAUAUUACAGGAGAGAACAUUUGCGGUGAAUUGAGAACAAAUUUUAAAUUUUUCUAAUGAUUCACUUCGCUGCUCACAGAAAUACUUAAGCAUGGGGUUCCCGAUUCGCUUCUCCCAGUAUUUUUUAUGAUACAAUCCUGAAGGUCUAUUUCUGGCAUUUGAUUUUUAUUCAUCUGUGUUGGCAAUAUAAAUUAAUGUUUGCCUAGAAUAAAGGUUCCCCAACCCUGGACCAACACAGAUCAGGGGUCUGUUCUGUCCAGCACAGUUUCUGGGUAGCUCUGUUAACGUCUUCCUCUCAUGACAAAUGUUUAUUUGUCUUAAAAUAGCAUAGAAUAGCUCUCAUAAACUAUAAUGUUUCAAUCUUUUUUUGUAAUCAUAUAUCAAAUUAUCAUUAUUAUUAUUUGGAUUCAGCUUGUGCCAAAUGGUUAAUGCUGUACUGCCAGAGCAGAAAGGUGUUGGUACACUGUAUUUGACUUUGUUUGACCUUGGUCAACUCUUGAAAACACCAGAUGUUUUCCUCCGGUACGAGUUGUGUAUAAUUUGUAUGAAUAUCAAACUUUGUCUUUCUCAUUUCAAUAAGAUUUUUUACAAAGUGUAUUGCAUAUAUCGUUGGCUGUACUUUGUAAUUGUAAAUGAUCUGUGUUUGUCUAGUCUCGAUGACACAUUGAAGUUCUUUACACUACAGUUUUUGUCAGUCACCAUUCAUACAGUGCAACUAUGUGCAGCACUUUCUCAAUGGGACGGGUUAAUUGUCAUGCCUGAUGAAAGCUGGCAUGCAGAGGAAGACGGGGACUGAACCAACGACUGAUCCACGGCCGCCCAAUGCAGACAUAGUAUCUCACUGCCAACAAAUACAUUGCAUUGUAUUGUAGAUCGCUUCAUUGUAAAAGCAUUAAACAUGGGCCUUGUAUGUUUUAGAUACAUAUUCAAGUAAUGUGCUCAAAUUAGAUUUUAAUUGUGAAAUUAACUUUGACCUACAAAAAAUCUACCUGGAACAUUAUUUCUUAUAGAAAGUAUA